GGGGCGCUGUGGCGGCGGCGGCGGGCGCGGCCCCGGCUGAGGGCGGCCGGGCGGGCCAAGAUGGCGCAGACCGUGAGCGUGGGGGAGCUGGGGCUGCCGCAGCUGGAGCUGCUCAAAGGGCAGCUGGAGCAGGAGGUGGAGUUCCUCUCGUCCUCGCUGGCGCAGCUCAAGGUGGUGCAGACCAAGUUCGUGGAGGCCAAGGAGUGCCUGAACGUGCUGCACAAAGGCAACGAGGGGAAGGAUCUCCUGGUGCCACUCACAAGCUCUAUGUACGUGCCCGGCAAGCUCCAGGACGUGCGCACGGUGCUGGUGGACGUCGGCACCGGGUACUACGUGGAGAAGUCCGCCGACGCCGCCCGGGCGUUUUUCAAGCGCAAGAUCGAGUUCCUGACGCGGCAGAUGGAGAAAAUCCAGCCGGCCCUGCAGGAGAAGCACGCCAUGAAGCAGGCCGUGCUGGAGAUGAUGACGCAGAAGCUGCAGCAGCUGACGGCGCCUCCGGGGGUCCCGGGGGACGCCAAGGCGUAGCCCCCUCCCCAAAAUACCACGGUGGGGAUUGUGGGGUGCAGCCCCCUCCCCAAAAUACCACGGUGGGGAUUGUGGGGUGCAGCCCCCUCCCCAAAAUCUCACGAUGGGGAUUUGGGGGUGCAGCCCCGCACCCCAAAACCCCGCGGGGGGGAUUUGGGGGCUCAGCCCCCCCAAUCCCGGCGGUGCAGCCCCCCCAGAUCCCCCCCCCCCAUUUUUGUACC